UUAGCAUUAGAAAUAGUGAUGGGCUUAAAAUAUGGACUAGGCCCAUAAAGGUCAAAGCAUUUUUACAGAAACUCUCUGUUUCAUCCAAAAGUUUCCGUACAGCUUACGUUGUGCAAAACAUGUGUCAGCUCCUUCAGCUUCUAAGUUCUAUCUGUCAAAGCACCGUGAUAUCAUGGCGACGCGUGUGAUUCUCAUCAUCUUCUUCUCCGUCGUCUUAUUCGGUGCUAUCUUUACGUCCAUCGUUUUGCCAAAGCACAAAAGGUUGACUUAAUAUGGACGGAGGAAAGAGAACUCCGUUGAGCGUGCGAAAGAAACCCAAGAGGACAAACAGAAGACUCGUCAGGAGUAUCGUCGCCUACCUCCAGUCAGAUGCAUACUUGUACUCUCCUAUGUUUUCAAAAUUUUCACCGCAGACGCAGAUGCAGAUGCCUCCGCCGUCUACUACUUUCAUAUCAUCGAACGCUGACGUGAAGGUAAAGAAGAACAAGAAAAGACUGUCGGAGAAAGUGAAGGAAUAUCUAAACUCUGACUGUCAUAUGUACAGACGGAUGAUCUCACUUCCGAAGCCUGAUUCUUCGCUUAAAGAAGUAGGGGGACUGCGAAUUACAAACUUGGUUAGGAUGGAAGUAUCAACGAGUAGUGCAACCAUGAGGAAAGAUAACAACAACUAUAGGGAUCUCAGGUCAGAACACACCUUCCAUAGCGGAAGCUGGUCAACUUAGAUGGACAACGAAGCCGUGAGACAGAUCUUGCACCAGCCUUUUCCUCUCUAACAGGUAUAUAUGUUGAUUGAUUAACCUUACUCAUGUUGUAAACGUGGAACAUGUUAAUGGGCUCUAAAACAUAGGACUACUGAGUAACACUCUUUAGUCUAUUUAUCCACCAAUGAUAUGUCUUAUAGAAAAACUGAUACUGAAAAUAUGUUCUGAAGGCACAUGCCUUCUUCUAUAAGCUUAGAAAGGGAUAAGAGUUGUUCAGCUUCAAACUCGAUAAGGCUGUUUGUAAAAUUCGUGGGCUUGUUUUGUCGUUACUAAAACGUACUAAAAUGGUUUUGUUUCUCUUUGUUAUAUGACAGAGGAAAAGAUGGCGAAGCUAGAUCCAAGAAGAGUUCCAAUUGAGUAGUUAGUGUAUAAAUAUAAGAGUCAAUGUAGUCGUGUUAUGAUUCAUAAAUCUAUUUAAUUAGAUAAAAUAAUUACAAGAGUUUUGAGAGAGAAAGAAGAGUUUGUUUUAUUGUGUGACCGGAAAGCGUGUCUUGUUGAUAAGCUUUUAGUAUUAAUAAGGAUGACAAAGAUGUGUCGGUCUGAACGUAUUGCCAUGUUACCUGUCUAGUCUUCGAUAAGUAGUUGUAUGUCGAGAAAACUGUUACAAUUCAGCAAUUGCUUGUAAUAUCCU